UGUCACUGUAAACGUUUUCUAACCUCAUGUGGACCCUGCUAUCAUUAUUUAUAUCAUGUUUACAAUUAUAUCUUAUUAAUGCUUACGAAUUCACGUUCGAAUUGCCCGAUAAUAAAAAAAACUGCUAUUUCAGGCUUAUUGACAAAGGAACUGAAUCAAAAUUUGAAUUUCAAGUUAUUUCUGGCGGCAAUUAUGACGUGGACCUGACCAUCAACGGCCCCGGAGAACGUGGCAAAGAGUUGGUCUUAUUUUCCCUUCGCCAAAAACAAUUCGAAUCCUUCAAAUGGAUCUCCAACAUUUCUGGCGAGUACUCGGCCUGCUUCAACAACGAAUUCUCUUCCUUCUCCCACAAAAUAAUUUACUUCGAUUGGGUCAGCGGGGAGGAAGAAACCUUCGGCGGAAAACACCCCGGGCCAGUGAACCAUCCGCUUACCAUGAUGGAAUCCGCUUCCGAGACAAUCCACGAUAACCUCAACGAGAUAACCGAACAUCAAACACAUUACAAACUGAGCGAAGCAUCGGGCCGGAUAUUCGGCGAAGAACUCAACAAUCGGGUCACCGUAUUAUCCCUUUCCGAAACACUAGCUAUACUCAUCAUAGGUGUUGGUCAGAUUGUCGUGCUCAGAAAUUUCUUCACCGAUAAGCAAGGGGGGAGAUAGUAAGCCUAUAAUCGUGGAGUAGUUAGAACAAUUGUUUUUUUUUACAAUUAUGAGUAUUAUACAUGCGCAUAAUUUUUUUUUGUUGCCCCUUAUCCAGGCUUUGGGUAAAUUAAAUAAUAUUAAGGGUUGCCCGAGGUUCAAAUUUACUUAAUUUUUUUUAUUUGUUUUGUAUCUAAAGAAGUAUAGAUUUAAUGUAUUUUUUCAUUUAUUAAAUAGAAAAUUUAUCCCCUUUGUAUAUUUUCGGUUCUUUUAUGGCAAAAAAACUAAUAUAAAUUUUUUGGUCUCUUUGGCUUUGUUUGUGUAAAGGGUUCUAAAAAAAUCUAUCAUUGUAAUUUUGAUCUGAGAAUCCCCUCAUUCUAACUACAUUUUCCCUUAGCUCAAUCAAUCCUUUAUAAUUUUGGUCAAAUUUUUUUUUCUUCUUAGAACUUUCAUUUAUCAUAUUUAUAUUUAUUAAUUUACCCUUAUAUUAUUUAACUAGCCUAAUAUCGUGUGAUUACUAUAAAGUUCUAACUCAAUUACGUUUGAUUAUAUAAAAGAAAUUAUAUUAGGGGUCCUCUUAUCCCCAUUCCAUUCAACCCCACACCCUCUAAUUUUUUUUAAACAAAAAUUUUAUAUACGUAAUCGAUCGAAGAGUGGAAAAAACCUUAUAAUAAUUCGAGAGACUAUAUCUGCGAAAAUCAAUCUGUAUAAAUAAAUAUUAUUUACUCGUUUUAUACACUUUAAAAACAUUCUUCAUUUUAUCCUGCGAGUCACGUGGUUUGACUCGUUUUAACAAACUACCUUAUUUAAUGUAUGUUAGAUAAUAUUAAUUUUGAUUUCAUUAUUCUAAAUUUUUGUAAUAAUAUUUUUAUAAAAAUAUAAUA